GAACCGAGCUCCAACAUACCUACAGCUGCUUGACCAAAUAUUCACACGAGUACUGUACUCAACUACACUUUUAAGUUUCUACUCCAUUUGGCCGCACUGUGUGUGUGCAUGUUUCUGGACUGACUGAGGCUGAGCGCUGGCAGGCAGGCAGGCAGGCAGGCGACGGUGAGCUGCCUCUAAAGUGAAAAGACGGUGAAAGUGAAAGGAGGGCUACAUAUCUGUGCAAAAGCAGUCCCCGCACUGACAAGACAACAGAGGGAGAGAGAGGCCCCGGGUCGAGCUUCCAGGCAGCAGCAGCAGCAGCAGCAGCAGCUCAGCAGACACAGCCAUGGCUAACAUCGCGGUCCAAAGGAUCAAGCGGGAGUUCAAAGAAGUUCUCAAAAGCGAAGAGACAAGUAAAAACCAGAUAAAAGUAGAUUUGGUGGAUGAGAACUUCACAGAGCUGAGAGGCGAGAUAGCAGGUCCUCCAGAUACACCAUAUGAAGGUGGCAGGUAUCAGCUUGAAAUAAAAAUUCCAGAAACCUAUCCUUUUAACCCACCAAAGGUGCGCUUCAUCACUAAGAUCUGGCACCCUAAUAUCAGUUCUGUGACAGGAGCAAUAUGUCUGGACAUUUUAAAAGACCAGUGGGCAGCUGCUAUGACCCUGCGGACGGUGCUGUUGUCUCUACAGGCUCUGCUUGCUGCAGCAGAACCAGAUGAUCCACAGGAUGCAGUAGUAGCAAACCAGUAUAAGCAGAACCCAGAAAUGUUCAAACAGACUGCAAGGCUGUGGUCUCACGUCUACGCAGGAGCUCCUGUCUCCAGUCCUGACUACACACGUAAAAUAGACAAACUCUGUGCCAUGGGCUUUGAUAAGAAUGCAGUAAUAGCGGCCUUGUCCUCAAAAUCCUGGGAUGUGGAAACAGCGACAGAGCUGCUCCUUAGCAACUGAAACCCAGCCAGAUGUGAGGAUCCCGAACUCCCUUCAUCAUAGCAUCAGCCCCCCCUUCCCACCCCAGCGCCAUUCCACCAUUGCCUUUUGUUACACAGACAGCACCCCAUUCGCCACAGCAGUCUGAGCCUUCUUUUAUAAACAAGUUUGUUCGCUACAAACUCAACACCGGUAGCACCGCAGUCGCCAAUAUGCACACCGCCCUGUUGCCUGUCUGACCCCCUUCUGUCCAUUGUGCUAUGAGUCUUUUCUUCCACUGACUAAAACGUGUAUCCCUGUAAUAAGAAGCCCUCAAACACUUUCA